AGAGAAUCUUUGCAGAGAGAGAAACUGAUAAACCACUCUAUUACCCCCAUAUUUAUCUCCUCUUUCUCCCUUUUCUUCUUCUCUACAAAAAGGUCUCACACAAUUCAUCAUCACCAGAAACGUUACUACAAUGGAAAUCCAACAACUUGUUCUCAAGUUCAAAUUUCACAUCUUAUUUGCAUCCAUUUUUUCUAUUUUCAUCAUUAUUCUCAUUUAUCUUGCACCUCGUUUUAUCGAUGUUAUUAAGUACUUUUGGCCUCUCUUACUCUCCACUGCUCUUUUCCUCGUCGCCGUUGUUCUCUUUGGCCGGAUUUCUCCGCCGGUAGCUGAAACUGAGAAACCGGGUGAAGAUAUAUUGGAUUUCGUGGCGAGUCAACCCGAUGAAUUACAACCUCAGCUACAUGAAUUACAUGAAGGAGAAAAACACGAAGAAGAAGAAGAAGAAGAAGAAGAAGGUGAAAGUAGUACUAGUAAAGUAGAGUGAAGGGAAUUUAUUUAGUGGUUAUUUAUGCAAUUUUUAUUAUUUUAGACACUUUUUUGGAUCUGUUUUUCUUCUUCUUUAAUCUCGAUCUCCAUAACACCACUUUCUACUCAGUUUGUAGCUAAUGAAAUUGACAGGUGGUGAAUUGUGUAUAUUCUUCAGAAUAAUGUUACUACUUGCAUUAUUGGCCUGCA